ACCUCCAAGACACCAGCAGCUGUGUUACCCACGCUCUCACUCCCCACAAUGAAAUACGAGUUGGUCGCGGUGGGGUUGGCAGUCCUGGUCGCUUCUGCCAUGGCUGCUCCGAGCAUCUUAGGCUACGGCCGUGGAUAUGGGGACUACAAUGGUGGGUACGGAGUCUACGGAAGUGGUAUUGGAGUCUACGAUAGUGGAAUUGGAGUUUACGAUAAUGACAUUGUAGUCUACGGGCGUGGAUAUGGAGGCUACGGUAAUGGACAUGCAGGCUACGACCAUGGAUAUGGCAGAGGUUAUAGUAGUGGAACAGCUAUCGUCGACUUCAAUUUAAGACCUGUCCCUAGAUACGGAGCCUACGGUACUGGUGUGGGCUUAGGCUAUGGUGUGGGUUCUACAGGCGGCUACGGCAGGUAUGGUGUACAUGGAAAAUAAUUAUCACAUCGUGCACCUGGUCAGUAUUGAAGAAUGAAGCAAGAAACCUUCAAAAAAAUACUAAUAAUAAUAAUAAUUUAUUGAACUAUAAAUAAAAAUUUAGAGACAUUCCUUAACUUGAAGUCUCUUCAUCUCAAGUCUUCGAACAUAUAAUUUGAAUA